GAUGUUGAUAUCAACGUAAAAAGCAAUGGGGAACGGAAUGACUAAGAUCAUACCUGGCCUUUACGUAGGCAACAUCCGCGACUCUGAAGACGAAAAGCAGGUCAACGAGAACAACAUCACUCACGUUGUGUCAAUAUAUCAAAACGCGAAACCGGCAGUCAAAUUCGUAAACAGACUGCAGUAUAAAUGCAUUGAUGCAGAGGACAAUCCAAGUCAGGACUUGUCAAGCUGGUUUCAAGAGUGCACUGACUUUAUUCAUCAGAGCAGAUUGAGUGGGGGUGCAGUGCUUGUUCACUGUCUUGCAGGUGUGUCCCGUUCUGUAACGAUCACGUGUGCCUACCUCAUGACAGUAACAUCACUGGGCUGGCCAGAAGUUUUGGAUGCUGUAAGAUCUGCUCGGCCUCAUGCCAGUCCCAAUUUUGGUUUCCAGCAACAGUUAAUGCGUUACCAUAAAGGCAAACUCAAAGAGGAACGAGAGAGAAUAUCACGGGUAUUUCCAUCCUCAACUCUGAAGUUGCAAGAUGAGGAGAACUCGCAAGCACUCCUUGCUACAACAACUCAAACAAAAAGGUUAACAACUACAUGGAAAAGAGAUACAACAACAGAAAGCACUCAAGGUAAGGAAGAAAGUGGAGCGUCUCUCUGACCACAAGGAAAUGAGAUCUACUGAACUGUUGAACAUAUUAUAUUACAGCUGGCUGAAGAUUCCAACCUAAUGGUGUCUAGUGUUGUUAUGUAGCAAAGGGACAAU